AUGAAAAAAGGUCAAGGCUUUGAGUUGGGGAUUGGGGGUUGGAUUUCGGAGAUGGGGGAUUUGGGGUUUGGAGAUUGGGUUUGGGUAUUGGGUUACUUGGGAUUUUUGGAGAUGAAUAUGGGCAGUGGUGGAGGUGAAGGUGGAGGCAGUGGUGGAGGCAAAGGUGACAGUGGUGUCGAGGCUCUAAGUUGA